AUUGAUCUUACUGUUCAACAUUGGUGAAGAAAAUCUUGCAUGUGCACGCCUCUAUGAAUCAGAGCCUGGAAAAUGGGGUGAUAUAAGCUCAGUAACCAUGCAGCCAUCUAUGUCCUUGCGGUUCAGUCCUGGUGUCCUGGUCAGGAAUACAGUUUGCUGGCAUCUUCGUUUUGGCGACAUCCUUGAGUUUUGUUUGGAUACAAAAACUCUAGCCUUAAUUCAGAAGCCAGAGGGCACCUACUUUACGGAGCAGUCAUCCGUUCGGGUGGUGCGGACUGAAGAUAGAGAACUUGGCCUUGCAGUCGUGUCCAAACUGAGCAUCCAAUUAUGGGGGAGGAAAGCCAAUUCAAAUGGUGUUGUUGGAUGGGUGCUGCAGAUAACUGUUCAACUGGAAAAGCUCCUUCGCCUAAAGCCGUUAAGGAAGGUAUGGCUAACAAGGAUUAUAGGGUUUGACGAGGACAGCAUUGAGAUUUUACUUUUUGCAGCUCAUCGCAUGUUCAUGGUUCAACUGGAGUCAAUGCAGUUCAAGGAACUUGCUGUAAUAAGUUGUACCACUGAGUAUUAUCCCUACAGAAGUUUUUAUGCUGCAGUCGGUGGUGGAGAUGAUGGAGGUGAAAUAUUGAAUAACACAUGAGAUGGUCAGCCUAUUAGAUCCUGCUGCGUUGGUUGAAAAGGUGAUGCACGUUUUUAUCUUUUGCUAUGUAUAUACACUCUGCUUGCUAGCAUCUUAUUAGUUCUACUGUACGUGCUGCAAAUGUGUACCAAUUUCAUCACACUUGAUUGGUUAGUAUUUUCUAAAUGGCAUGCUGAUGCAAUUAGUGUACAACCAUAUGGGAUAUUGCAAGACCGGAAUCUAAUUAACUCCUUCAUGAUUUUCCAGUGUAAAUGAUCCGAUGCUCCUUUUUUUUUUAUGUAACUGGUGUUGAGUACACUCGUUGUUUUACCCGUUUCCACUACUGCUCGGGUUUGCAGUUAUGUAAAUGUUUCAUAUUGAUGCAUGGUUUUCCU